AUGAACACUGAAGGCAAGAAGCUCACGUUGGGUGCUGUAUCUUCUGCUGAUCGACUCGAGGAAUGUGUUUUGCGGUGCGACCAGACCCUUUUGCGAGACGGUCAUAGUGAAUGCCCCGACGACACCAUCUUGUCCCACGCCGCCUCCGGGCUCGGACCGGCCAACCUCUACCGGUUCUGUCCUACCCUAGUCCGGGCCUCGGCAACUCAGCCAGCCUAG